UGCCGCACCCCAGGGAUGAAUAACACGCUUUUCUUAUGUUGCGACCAAACUUCCCGCGUUGACACUCAGCGGGGUGACUCGGAUCUCUCCCCUCUUCCUCCAACUCCAACUCUCUAUCGCUCUCUACCUUUUUCCGGUUCUUUGCAAAAGUGUUUUACACUAAUCAAGAUGGCCAAACGCACGAAGAAGGUCGGAAUCACCGGUAAAUAUGGCACUCGCUACGGUGCCUCCCUUAGGAAAAUGGUGAAAAAGAUGGAAAUCACACAACACAGCAAGUACACCUGCUCUUUUUGCGGCAAAGAAGCAAUGAAACGCAGCGUUGUAGGAAUUUGGUCAUGCAAACGAUGUAAGAGGACAGUUGCUGGUGGCGCAUGGGUAUAUUCCACAACUGCUGCCGCUUCAGUAAGAUCAGCAGUGCGCCGAUUACGUGAAGUAAAAGAACAGUAAAUGUAUUUAAUAAAUAUCUUUUUGUCAAUA